AUGGCCGACGAAAACAAUUCCUUCAACAGCCUCGACAGCCAGAACAACAUGGCCGCCCGUCGGUCGGACGUCACCUCUUCGGCCGCAGCAGCAGCAGCUAGAGAUCCCAGGAUCCGUGUGACCCGCGCAUUCUCGCAGAUCGAGGAGCCGGCUACGCUACAGGAUUUACAGGAGAUACUAGCACCCACAUCCAAAAAGACGCUCGAUGUGCGGAGACUUGUGUCGCCUGCGCGCUCUCGUGGGUCCACCGAUGCCGCAGCGAUACAGACACCGCCCGUACCGCCCACAUCUCCGGCUUCAUUGCCCCAUUCCUCUCCUGUGCUCAGGAAACAGACCACAGGGAGCAGCGACGGCAGCAGCGUCACGAAUAGCCCACAAUCGAAAGCGUGGGGGCGUCUUGGACUCCCUCCACGCAACACUAGUGCUGGCAAGGACGAAACACCAGAACGACGGCGCAAAGUUAGUAUAGGACGCACAGAGGACGUCGCGGUGGCGCUGCGCCGCAACGCAAGCGCCGACACAGCGACAGGAGUCGAGCCUCGACGCGAAUCGAGCGAGUGGGCAGAAACAGCGGCGAGGUUGAGCAGACGAGUUCAGGAGCUCGAGCUCGAGAACUUCAGGUUGAAGAACGGCAAGGAACCGCCGAAGUCCUUUGCAGGUGGAGAGAUGCACGCAUUGAGAAUGGCUGAGUCCGAGACGGCUAGUGUAUCAAUGGGUGGCAAGCAGCCACGAGGGAGUCUAAACAAGUCGAGAAGCUGUGCGAACGGGUUUGGAUUUACAGGCCUGACCGUGGCGGAAGCGGCCGCUGCAUCUCAUCGCACACGUAUAAGACGCCUGGCGUCGGCUGCGAGCGCCACUGAGGCAGCCGUGAAGCUGCGCUCGGGCUACUGGAAUGGCACGAACAACGUCAAGAGUAGUUUUAGCUGCAACAACCUGGCCGAUCUGGAGCAGCCUGAGCUUAUGCUUGAGAAAUUGCGCACGUUACCCUCUGCUACCGUUGCAGCAUCCACCAUCGCUAACGGUGGGAACAAGAUCGGAACAGCAGCCCCAACUGUUGCACCGACGCCAAGCACGCAUGAGACCUCGCGCAAGAGCGACUCGUUCCAGCGCUCCGAGAUCGAAGAGGAUCUUGCCAGCAUGAGGUCGCAGCAUUUCGCACUCAAGAACGCGCGGAAGUCCUCCUCUGUCGUGGCGCAGCAGAGCUCGUCGUCUGCCGAUUUGAGCAUUGAUGACGAUCCCGAGACUCGCAUCACUUCACCACGCUCAUACUUUGAGGCAGGGCUGCGCACAGGGAGUUUGUCUAUUGGACCAACAGCAUCACCAGCCUUGAAGACAACGAAGCGAGCGAGUAUACGCGAUGUACGAAUGUGGGUGGGCACGUGGAACAUGGGCGCCGCAGACCCGUUCGAUGACGGCAAAGGUAUCAUUGACGAACAGCGCUCAGCUACCAUGCUGCAGAACUUCCUCCCGCAUGGCUACCAGUUGUAUGUCCUCGGAGUGCAGGAAGGUGUAUCGGAGAAUGUCUAUCACGCCGUGGAGGCGUAUCUUAACCGCAAUGAACGAGGAGCCCGCUAUUAUCGCAUGGAGAUGAGGAACAGCGACUUUAUGGUGAACCACAAGAACUAUCCUCCUGAUGCUGUAAUUGAUGCAGUGCACGGUCGUGGUGACGGAGCGUUCGUUGGUACUAAAUUCACGGGCAUGGCUGUGUUCUACUGCGCUGAUAUUCAGGACAAAGUCAAGUUGAUACGAGCUGGUGCACACAAGUUUAAACUUACGAGUGGAUCCAAGGGUGGCGUUGCUGUGGCUCUCAUGAUCAAUCACACGACCAUUGUGUUCGUAAACUGUCAUUUGGAUGCAAGAAACGAUACGUACCGUCGAGAGCAGAUCCGGAAUUUGAACGCUAGUCUAGGUCGAGUUAUGGGUCACUACAGCUUCGAUCUGACGGAGCAAUUCCAUCACGUUGUGUGGAUGGGCGACAUGAACUACCGCAUCAUUUUGCUGGACCCUCAAAUGGUACUGCACAUGCUGGAAGAAGGUCGAAAUCUGGAGCUUCACGACAAGUUUGACGGUUUGUUGAAUGACCGUCGUAACGGAGGAGUCUUCGAAGGUUUCACGGAGCCUCACAAGUUCCCAGACUUCUAUCCGACGUACAAAAAGUUCCCUAAGCGCGGACCAGUGAAUGAGACGCUGCCAUUGUGGCCAUCUCUUGUUUGGCGCGUGCUAUACAAGGAACCGUUUUAUAAGGGAGGCAAGGUGAAGAAGCGUGUGCCAGGAUGGUGCGAUCGCAUCUUGAUCCACUCACUGCUAGUAAGCGACUCGAAACUAAUUCCGGAAAAGGUUCCGGACCCGACGUCCCAGCAGCGGCUUAUUGAUAAUUACCGGUCCGUGAACCAUGGAGACGGGAUGGACGUGAGUGACCACAGUCCUGUGUACGGCACGUUUGUUCUCAGUUUUCCGCAGCAAAACAGCGACGUAUUGAAUUCGGGGUCUCCACGAAGGCUAUCGCGUCGCAAUUCGCGGUCAUAUUCCGUCGCUAGCGGAAUUAGCGAUGGAGAAAAGUAUUCAAGUGCGGUGAAUGGCAGCUACUUCGACCAGGCUCGCGUUGUCCGGCAGAUGAAAGCUCAGAACCGUUCUGUGUCGACGGUUUUAAGGGUCUUCAAUAUGGUUCUGGUUUGGGGAGAUUCCAAUACUGUUGUUCCGAAGAAGACACGCAUAGUAGCACCGUUAAUUGGAGAGGAUUCCAAGCAGUGUGAUGUCAUCGGAGAGCGAUGUCAAGGUUUCAACGGACUGAAUCUGUCGCUCAACGCGGUUAUUCAACAUACGCGGCCGCUUGAGCAGCUACACAUGCUGGUUUGGGUGAAGAACGAGUCUGUGAACGGCCACUGCACUCUGUCGCUGAAACGCGUCGCCCGCCAGGAAGAGGGAGGCGAGGUCAAGUACCGUGUGCCGCUUUACAAUGACUCGAUGCGGGUGCACCUCGAUGGACACCCGCUACUAGUAGUUUUCUCCGUGCGAAGCAAGACAUUCGCCAAGUGA